AUGGCGGGAACGCCGAAUAGUAUUGAUACCACACUCGCUUGCGACUCGUGCCGCAUCAAGAAACUCAAAUGUUCCAAGCAGAGGCCCGUGUGUAGCGCUUGCUGUCAUCAUGGACGUGUAUGCAACUAUAGCGGCAAGAUCGCACGUUCGCCUCUCACCAGAGCCUAUCUCACGAGCGUGGAGCAAAGGCUACGGCAGGUAGAAGACCUUUUUGCAGAGUUACUGCCUGAAGUCGAUCUCGAAGAAGCACUGGCGUCACAGGGUACCGGUGGGCUCGAGGCGCUGAAGGUGAAAAGAGCAUCUGCAACGCCCGUUGCGACUCAUGCGCUAGAAACAUCCGCGAGCGACGUUCUCUUGGAAGAAUCAAUCUCCGAAGCAGUGCCAGCCGAAGCGGACGGGUUCGAUUGGCAGGAAGAUGUUAACGAGCUGGCAGAUGGCAUGGCUGCUCUUUCCGUCGAACCUAAAGGUACCGGCUACUUGGCCGGCGUGUUCUUCCUUAGAUCAUUGCUCUUUUGGCUUGGGUACCCUGGGCUUGGCCCGGGUCCCCAGGGCCGACUCGGAGACUCGCCAGAGAACUAUGAUCGCGUCGCUGCAUCAAGCCGCCUUGCUAAAUCUAUCGGAUCGAGGCAAGUGGUUGAACAUCUCAUGGACAGCUAUUUCUUGAUCUACCAUCGCACGUAUCCGUUCAUUCACGAGGCCAGCUUCCGUGCACAGUACCACGAGGUGAUACCCCGUCCCAGGUACCGCUCCUGGCAGAUGCUCCUGCAUACGGUGCUGGCUCUUGGUGCGUGGUGCAUUGACGAAUCUCAAGAAGGCGUCGACGAUGAUUUGUACCACAAAGCGCUCCAGUUUGGAGAAGACGAAUCGCUCUUUGAAAGCGCUAACUUGACCUUGAUUCAAGCUCUCGUUCUGCUGAGCAAUCUCAGCCAGAAGAGGAACAAGCCCAACACUGGAUCCAAUUUUCUUGGACUUGCGUCAAGAAUGGCGCUCAGCCUCGGUCUCCAUCGGGAGCUCCCAGACUGGGACAUCAACCUCCUCCAGCGUGAGAUGCGACGCAGAGUGUGGUGGGGUCUGUACAUCUUCGACAGCGGCGCGUCUACGACAUUCGGGAGACCGAUCAUUCUACCCAGCAAAGUGGCCAUGGACGUUCACCCUGUGCUGAAUAUCCCGGACGAAUGUCUUACAGCCCGGACGACCAGCUUGCCAACGGAAUCAGUGGAGCCAACUCUGUACGCAGGGUUGAAAUGGCAAAGCGAUCUUCAUGUCCACUCCAAUCACAUAUCAAAUCUGCUUCUAUCAUCCAUAGGUCUACCGCCAGAGGAUGUUUGGUCGCUCAACAAGGAGCUUGAUGAUUGGGUCACUAGACUACCCUCCUAUUUCCAAAUCGACAGUGAAAUCCCAGCCGCCGAGCCGGCGGUCUCAUUUGCUCGUUGUCGUCUCUGGUGGCGGUUCUGGAAUUUGAAAAUCAUCCUAUUUCGGCAGAUCCUGAUGAAGAGAGCCGUGGAGAGAGCCAAGCAAGGACCAUUCCCUCUCUCCACUGACAUUGAGAAUAUGAGCCGGGACGCGGCGGUGGCAGCAGCAAGGGCCACGAUCGCUUCCAUCUCCAGUUUCACAGAGAGCAGGAUACCAACUCGCUUGGUGGCAUGGUAUUCCAUAUACUUCUUGUUUCAUGCAUCGUUGGUGGUAGCAUUGGCGGUGCUAGGCGACACGGACUCGCCUGAGCUGGCUACCUGGCAAGCAGACAUUGACAAAGUCACAAACGUAUUCCGCAACGCAUAUGCGGGGAACCCCCUCGCCCAGAGAUGUGCAGAUAUACUUGGCGCCAUUGUGCCAGCUCAGCCAGCCGCAUCAGAUCCGUGGAACCUGCCGUUCGAUGACAGUCUGAUUGACUUUGCGACCUGGCCAAACGACGCGCCGGAAUUCUUCGGGCCGCUUGGAUGGCCCGGAGCAGGUCCAGGUAUCUGA